AUGCUGCCCAGGCUCCUUGUUUUCUCUGCUCUCAGUCUCCUGGUGUGCGGCAGUCCUACCAUAGUUUCCCGGAAGGAGUGGGGGGCGAGCUCCCUCACCUGCAGCGUGCAGCUGAGCCUGCCCGUGGCCUACCUCAUCACAGAGCAGCUCAGCAGGAUGGAGUGCCGAGAUCGGGCCAGCUGCAGCCAGAUGGUGCGAGUCCUACAGUCCCAAUCAGUCUACAACAAAGUCUGGUGUGAUGUGGCCUUCAACUUCCUGGUUGGGGACGAUGGCAAUGUGUAUGAAGGUGUCGGUUGGCAUGUCCAAGGCUUGCAUGCUCCAGGCUACAGUAAUGUCUCCCUGGGCAUUGCCUUCUUCGGCAGUAAAAUAGGCAACAGCCCCACUCCUGCUGCUCUAUCAGCUGCAGAGGACCUGAUCAACCAUGCCGUCCAGAAUGGCUACCUGUCACCCCAGUACAUCCAGCCACUGCUCUUAAAAGAAGAGACCUGCUUGAUUCCUCAACAUUCAGAGAUGCCCAAGAAAGCAUGCCCCAGUAUCACACCACGAUCUGCAUGGGAAGCCAGAGAGACACACUGCUCUCAGAUGAACCUGCCAGCCAAAUUUGUCAUCAUCAUCCACACUGCUGGGAGAAGCUGCAAUGAGUCUGUAGACUGCUUGACUCGUGUCCGAGACAUACAGUCUUUUCACAUAAACCAUCAAGACUUCUGCGACAUUGCAUAUCACUUUCUAGUGGGCCAGGAUGGUGGAGUGUAUGAAGGAGUUGGCUGGAAUAUCGAAGGCUCUCACACCUAUGGAUACAAUGACAUUGCUUUAGGAAUUGCCUUCAUAGGAAACUUUGUAGAUCAGCCUCCAAAUGCAGCUGCCCUGAAAGCUGCCCAGGACUUGAUCCAGUGUGCCGUGGCCGAGGGGUACCUGAUUCCUGAUUAUCUGCUAAUGGGCCACAGUGAUGUGUCCAACAUUCUGUCCCCUGGACAGGCACUGUAUGACAUCAUCAGGAAAUGGCCUCACUUCAAGCACUGA